GACAUCAUCACGGCCUCUUUCCGGUGUGACAGAGCGCUGAGCCGGUAGCUGCUGCUGCUGCCUGUCAACAUCACAUACCAUUCUGAAGCUUUCCCGAGUGCGGGAUUUUGGUUUUUACCUUUUUGUCCGUGAACGUGUCCACCGCAAUGCCCAUGUACCAGGUAAAGCCCGUCUGUGGGGUUGACAUAAAGGUUGAUUUGCCGACCUGCAUGUACAAGUUACCAAAUGUCCACGCGCAGCAAGGAAACAGCUGCAGCUCCGAACAUGCGCUUCAGAAUGGCGAGGUGGAUCCAGCCGUCAAAGCCCUGGAGGCUCGACAGGAUGAGAUCUUGAGGAAACUGUACGAACUGAAAGCAGCCGUGGAGGGCCUCGCUAAGACAGUGACGACCCCAGAUGCUGAUUUAGAUCUGACAGUCAGCAGCAGCCUCUCCUCGCAGAGCUCCACGGCAGUUUUUACCGGUACCACCGACCUGGACGCACUACUGGGAAAAGAUCUCGGCGCUCUCCGUGACAUUGUCAUCAAUGCCAACCCGGCACAGCCCCCCCUCACCCUGCUGGUUCUUCAUCGCCUGCUGUGCCAGCGGUACCGGGUGCUCUCCACCGUCCACGUGCACUCCUCGGUCUCCAGCGUGCCACCGCAGCUGCUGUCAUGUCUCGGUCCACGCCACCCCGACAGCCACAGCCGCCACAUGUUCCAGCUGGGCUUUACCCUCAUCUGGAAAGACGUUCCCAAACUGCAGAUGAAGUUCAGCGUGCGAAACAUGUGUCCCAUCGACGGCGAAGCCAACGUUGCUCGCUUCCUCUUCAAGCUGCUGGCGCCCUACCCCAGUGACCCCGCUCUCGCCACGCUGGUGGACAGCUGGGUGGACGCGGCCUUCUUCCAGCUGGCGCAGGGCAGUUCCGAGGAGCGAGCCGCCGCCCUGCGGGACCUCGGCUCCGCUCUGGGGCGCAGCGCUUGGCUGUCGGGACCGGACCUCUCGCUGGCCGACGUGGCGUGCUACUGCUGCGUGCUGCAGAGCGGCUCGGCGCCCUCCGCUCCUGCCAGCGUGCGGCGCUGGAUCAAGUCCUGUGAGAAUCUGGGCUGCUUCAGCCACGCCAAGACACUUCUGCUGUGACUGGGACUGUCCUGGGACCAGACACUAGAGGCAAAAGAAGGGCAUUAGAGGAUGGAAAUAUCUCAGCUAUGUCCUCCUCCUUCUCCUCAGUGUAGUUUGGUCAAAACCGACACUUAAACUGACACAUAGAUCCAUAUAGAUCAACUCUGUUAUGAGAGAGGAGGGCUCAGAGAAGUAAAGGAACUGCAGUGACAGAGGGAGCUUCCAUCACACACCCUCCACCCACUUUGUGCCUAAAUAAAUCGAAGUGUGUGUGUAUCUGUGGUGACCGGUAAUGCAGUGUUAUCACAAUGCUUUGUACCAGUUGUUUUCUUAAACAGAUAAUAUUAAAAAAAAGAAAAAA